AAUACGCCGGUUCUUUCCUCGGACACUUUCAUCCCGCCUCCUAGCUCUCGUUAUUCAUAGCGCAAUGGCGGCGAAAACCCAGCGAUCUCUACAGGAUAUCAUUGACAUCAUCCUCCGGAAGAUCUUUCUCGUCGUCCUCCAACAACCCUCCAAGAAUGACCCUAAUAUCGUUUUUUUAACGCUCACGGCAGCCAAGAUCCUCAGUGAAGGCAGAACUCUUGUCCUUUCCUGCACUAUGAUGGACAGGGUUCUCAUCGAUCGGCUAUCUGGUGAUUUCCCCUCCGCAGAGCCUCCCUUCCGCUAUUUAGUUGGCUGCUACCGCCGUGCCUGUGAUGAGUUGAAAAGGGUUGUCUUAGUGAAGAACGCCUCCUUUAGAUCGGAAAUUGUGUUUGCAAUCAAACAAGCGCGGAAAUUAGUCAUCUUGUAUUGUAGGUUAUAUGUGGGGAAUCCAAAUAUGUUCAAGACCUCUGGGCAUGUUUCAGGGGCGUCUUAUUUGAUGUCGAUGAUCUUCGCAAAGGUCUCAACCCAUAUGGAUGAGUUUGGAGAUGAGUUCGGAGAUGAUACUUUCGACAGCCCUCCAGGUUUUAUUAAUGAGUUCUUCAGGGAUGGCGAUGAUGGCAAUUUGGAACUUGUUGUGCAGGAUUUGUUUGAAAAACUGAGGCAGAGUGUGGACGGAAUAUCACCAUUAGGAAACUUUCAGCAGCCGAUGAGAGCACUGCUGUGGUUAAUUGAAUACCCUAACAAUGCCAAAAUUUUGGUGAAUCACCCAAGGUGGAUACCUAAGAAGACUAACUUGCCGAUUGGUGAAGGAAGGAUGAUUGAGAUUGAAAGCAUUUUAGGAGCCUUUCUCCGUGUUAGUGCAUUGCCUGAUUCUAAGGAAUUUAAGAGUACACCAGAUGUCGGACAACAAUGUUUCUCAGAAGCGUCUAAUCGUCGGUCGGUUGAUUUAUCAUCCCUUACAACAAUUAAGAAAGCUAUGAAUAUUUUGUACGAUGGCCUCGUUGCGGUGUUUCACAAAUUACUUAAUAAUCAAGAUACGCAAGAAAGAGUUUUAGAAUAUCUUGCAGAAGUUAUCAAGAAAAAUUCAGCAAGGUCGUGCAUGCAGGUUGAUCCAUUAUCAUUUGCAAGUUAUGGCAUGCUUGUGAAUCUUAGUUCGGUGAUGCUUCGCCUUUGUCAACCUUUGUUAGAUGGUGCUGCAAAAUGGAGAGAACAAAUUGAUCAUAGAUAUUUAUUUCAUAAUACUCGUUUAGAUUUCAGACAAUUGGCAACCAUGCACGCAUCGUCUGAAGAAGUCUCGGCAUGGUUAGAGGAGGAAAAUUCCUCAAAGGAUACUCAUGAGUUGGAGGCUCAAGAAGGCACGAGUAGUGGUACAAGAAAGGAGUAUUCUUUAACUUGUGAAUGCUUCUUUAUAACUACAAGAGUACUUAACUUGGGAUUGAUGAAAGCAAUAUCGGAAUUUGAACAUCUUUUUGAGAAACUGAGAAGUUAUGAAGAAGACCUGUCUAUCCUCAAAGCCAUGAGGGAACAAGGAGCUUCUCCACUACUGGAUGCAAAUAUAAAACAUCUGAAGAAAGAAAUUGAUAUAUUGACACAAUCCAAGUCAUGUUAUGAAGUUCAAAUUUUUCAAGAUUAUACACUGCUAGGACAGGCAUCGACCUUCUACAAAUUGGUUAUUAUCUGGUUGGUGGAUUUUGUUGGUGGGUUUAAAAUACCUCUGCCAUCAACAUGCCCUAUGAAAUUUGCAUCUAUUCCAGAACAUUUUGUCGAUGAUGCUAUGAACUUUCUGGAGAUAACUUUUGGAGUGCCAGAGGUUUCUGAAGGGGUUGUCUUGGAUUUCUUGAAUUUCAUAAUUAUGUUCAUGGCGAACGAUACUUAUGUUAAGAACCCAUGUCUGAGAGCUAAAAUGGUUGAAGUACUAAAUCAUUGGAUAAAAAAAAAAGGUGCUACUCUUUUUGAAAGACACCCGUUGUCCCUUGACUAUUUAGUUAGCAAUCUUCUUAAAGUUGAUGUGGCACAUAUACAGUUAUCUGAUAAAUUCACUAUUCGUAAAAAUAUAUAUGAACUUUUAGAGUAUUUGUGGAAUAUUCCUAGCCGUCUCAAUGCAUGGAAACAGAUUGCUAGGGAGGAGAAGGGAAUGUAUCUGAAUUUUUUGAAUUUGCUUAUCAAUGAUAGCAUGUAUCUUCUUGAUGAGUGCUUAAACAAAAAUAUCAGUCAACUAAAAAAAAUAAAAGUCGAAAUGGCAAAUUCUGCAGAAUGGGAACAGAGAUCUGUAGAGGAGAGGGUAGAGAUAAUGAGACUUUUUCAUUCACAAGAAAAUAUUGUCAGAUCUAAUAUGAAGUUGGCAAAUGGGAAUGUUGGUAUGCUUGCAUUCACAUCUGAACAAAUUCCUGCACCCUUCCUGCUUCCAGAAAUGGUUGAAAGGGUAGCUAUCGUGCUAAAUUAUUUUCUCUUGCAACUUACUGGUUCUCAAUGGAGGUUUCUCGAUAUAAAAGAUCCUGAAAAAUAUGAAUUUAGACCCAGACAAUUGCUAAAACAAAUUACCAAGAUUUAUGUUCAUAUUGCAAGAGGUGACAAAGAGAUGAAUGUGUUCCCUGCUGCAAUCUCGAAGGAUGGACAGUCAUACAAUGAGAAGCUGCUUACAUCACAGCUAUUUAAAUAUGUUGCUGAUAAUCUCUGGAAGAUUCAUGAAAAUCGUAACAUAAUCCAGGAGUUUGUUGAGCUUGGUCUCAAAGUAAAAUCAGCAGUUUAUGAAGCAUUGAAUGAAGCAUCGAAUGCUGAGGCCAUUCUUGGAGAGAUACCAGAUGAAUUUCUUGAUCCGAUUCUGCAUACUUUGAUGAGAGAUCCUGUCAUUCUACCUUCAUCAAGAAUGUCGGUGGACCGGCCAGUUAUCCAAAGCCACUUGCUGAAUGGCAAUACCCAGAACGAUCCAUUCACCCGUUGUCAUCUGACUCAAGACAUGCUAAUACCAAACACAGAGCUGAAACAAAGAAUUGAAGACUUCAUCAUAUCUCAGAGGAAACGGAAAUGAAGCAGAAGAUAUGAAACUUCAAAAGAUGUUUGUGGUUGAGUAAAUGCAUAUAAUCUUCUCUGCUUAAAGAGCUAAAGUAGAAAUUGCCAACUGUAGCAAGUAUAUUUCCAUUAGUGAAAUAUUGAAA